AUGGCUUCACUGUAUUCAGGUUUUCGGACCGCAUCGAUAAGCACCAUCCGCCUGUCCCCCCCUUGCUCAACACUUUCUGCGCAGAGAUCAGUACUACGCAGUGACAAGCAUUCGCGCCGCCAAUUUGGCCUUGCAGGCACCCGGAAAUUUUCGAAUUCAGCGAUUCUUCAAGACGCGAACCCUCGAAGCGCUUCGACCGAACAGAAGGAUGACGCCAGCAUUGCCAGCGCAGAGACGGAUGCGCCUCUACUGAAGAAGCGCGAAAAAGAGUCGGCCAAGGGCAAAUAUAACUUAUACGGAGAUGACUGGGAAGAAUCUGUGGACUUCGCGAUCAAGUCUUUCGAGGACUUACCACAUCGCCUGUUUGGCGUGAACCAGCACAUGAUUAUCAACUACGAGCUAAAAGAGGCUUUGCGUGUGAUGCUGCGGCAAUUCAACGCGCCCAUCGUCUAUUGCUUCGCAUAUGGCUCCGGCGUGUUUCCGCAAGGGGAUCUUGGCCGCAGCAUCAGCGAGGCCGACUUUCGUGCUGUGCAUCCCAAGCCUCCGGAUGCACUGGUCAAGGCGCAGAAAGGAUCGCCCAAGAUGAUUGACUUUAUCUUUGGCGUCUCGCAUACCCAGCACUGGCAUUCGUUGAAUAUAAAGCAACACCGCAAACAUUACUCUGGAAUCGCCUCACUAGGCUCGGGCGCCGUCUCUCAUGUACAAAACUGGGGCGCUGGUGUCUACUUCAAUCCUUUCAUUGAAAUGAACGGCAUGUUGAUCAAAUACGGUGUCACGAGUAUCGACAACCUGGUUCACGACCUCUCCACUUGGGACAAUCUAUAUCUUGCGGGCCGUCUGCAGAAGCCCGUCAAGAUUCUUCGCGAUCACCCACAAGUCCGUCUUGCCAACCAGCACAACUUGAUUGCUGCGCUGCGCACGGCUAUGCUUCUUCUGCCCCCGGACUUCACCGAGGGUGAGCUCUAUAGCACCAUCGCAGGCUUGAGCUACCUUGGCGAUCCUCGUAUGGCCCUUCCUACCGAGAACAAGAGCAAAGUCGACAACAUCGUCAACAACAAUGUUGUACACUUCCGUCGUUUGUAUGCGCCAUUGGUCAAGACAUUGCCCAAUGUCGAAUUUACAGGACCUUGCCGACUAGAUGAUGAGGAAUGGGUGCUUGAUCCCAAUGGCGACAAUAAACUGCAGCAAGAUAUGGACCCAAUUAAACGCGGCAACAUGGUACGACGCCUUCCUUCGAGCUUCCGCCAACGCCUUUACUUUCAGUAUCAGAAAAAGUUUGCUAUUCCCCGUGAGGAAUUCUCCAUUAUGAUGAAAGCGACUCGGGAUGAUGAUCCGUCAUCCAACAAGCGACGCCAAGGCGGCGAGUUCGAUCGAAGAAUAGCCGCCGAUAAGCCAGAAGAGCUCCAAGCUCUCGUUCGCCAAGUCAUCAAGCAGACGGUCAACUGGCCGAGUACCAGUCAGAGUAUCAAGGGCCUCCUGAUGGGUGGCUGGGGCAGAACAUAUCGCUAUCUGAAGGAAAAGUAUGACAAGUGGAACCAAGGAAAGAAAAGCGAGACCAAAAAGAGAGCGGAUGCGAAAAACGCGGAGAAAUAG